UUUUCUCUAAUUUCUCAGCUGGCUUCCUCACACUUGAAAAGAUCGCAAUGUCAAGAACUACACCGCGCACACGAGUCGCAUAUGUUCGCACCUCUUCGACGCUGCCGUCUAUCUAUGGAAAUCACCAGAAGACACGAGACGAUCACGAGAGGUUCCUUCACAGAUACGUCCGACAGUCGCAAUCACUUGGCAUAAAUGUCGAUACGCCUCGCCAUUGCUUCCAUUUCACUAUAUUCACCAAAGACGACCGGCACAUCCUCGACAUGCUCCUCGACAACUUUCCUACACCAGCUCAGCCACCAUCCGAUCAACGUCGUUCUUUCAUGUGGGGCGUUACCGCAUCCGAUAUCCAUCUUCACACAUCAUCAGCCUACGCCGAAUCCGCGGACGGUCGCAAAGCCCUCCAACAGUGUCGUGACUCGGGCUUCUCGCCAACAAUCCACGGCUCCUCAGACACUGACUGUGACGACCGACUACUCGACCUCUGCGACUACGUCAUUGACAUAAACUACCUCAACGACCUGAGCGGCCUUGACUGGUUCUGGAACUACGCCCGCCCUGGAAAACCUGAAGACAACAUGCUCUCGAACCCCAAGUACCAGCUCAGCAAACACGAUAUCAGCCGGCGAGGGCUCGCAGGCCGCACGAAAUUUUCGAUCUGGGGUCAAAAUUCGGGUUGCUUCCAUGGCAACUAUGAGUGGAGCUGCUAUGGGUGUGGCGGGAAGUGCAAGAGGGGGCGGUGUAAGGUGAAUCCCGGGCCGGAAAGGGAGGUGCCGGAAAGUUAUAAGCUGCCGGCGAAGGGGAGCGCUGAGUGGGGGGGGUUGACUGCCAACGCAGUCAUUCGAUUAUGGACACUGCAGCAUUGGCCUGAGGCGCCCGGGAAGUGGCAUAAGGGGAGGGAUGCGUGGAAGAGUAUCGAUACGUUUAGUGGCGAAUGAGAAGAUGGGAUUUGUUGUGUGUGAACGUUGGCCGGUUGUUGUUCUUGGUUACUGAGCUGACUUAGGGUGGGACGAGAAGAGUCCACACGAAGGUUGACCGCAAGUUGUACGGAAACAGUGGGCUGCAAGGGAUGCCAUGUGGGCGAGUAUACUGUUUCGGUAUUUGGGCGGAUGAAACCGUGAUGCCAUUUUCUGCCUGUACUAUCACUAUGUUCAGUGGGGAUUGAGAUGUAGAUCAUCGUGUAUGACUGCUAGCUAUGUUGUAGAAGGAAGCCACUGUUUUAAGUACAAGCUGUG